AUGAUUUUCAAUAUUAAAAAGAAAGCAGUACAAUUAUUUGAUAUAUUAUUAAAGGGAGAAGGACAAGCCACUAUUAAAGAUGAAACAAAGAGAAAAAAGAUUGAAUUCAUCUUGAUGUUGCGCAAGUUUUUUUAUAAUGUUGGUAUCUCUCGAAAGGAUAAUAUAGCACUUGUAUCCAAUGUACUAUCAAUGCUCUCAGAUCCAGCAGAUAAACGUGUUUAUGAGAGACGACUCUUGGAGGAGAUUAUCAACCAUUUGAAAAAGAUUUUUCAAGAGAACCCAUCAUGGAUGCAGAGUCUCUCGACUCAGUUCAUUGAUACAAUGAUUGCAGUAUUGGACAACCACGACCGUGAAAAGGAACUAAAUUUGGCAAAUAGCACAAAAAGCAAGAUAUAUAACUAUUUGACAGCAAUGGGACGAAACAACCCAACCCGAUUUUCAAAUGAUCACCUAAAUAGAAUCGUUAUCAAUUUGAAUGCAUGGUUAUUACAAGUCAAGGAUUUAUCGGUUGAAGAGUGCAACUUUUUAGCCUCAAACUAUCACGAUGAUGAACUAGAUUUAGCUAAUCCAAAAACAAACAAAGACGAUGACGAGAAUGAAUUGAUUGUCUUUCCAGCCAAUCUCAGACUUGAUAUACUAUUACAAAUAUUUGGUCAUCGCAUGUCACAAUAUGUUUUAUUUCAUUCCCAAAACUUGGCACAAUCUAAACUAUGGAAAGAAAGACAUGCUGCUAUGGUUUGUUUAGCUACCUAUUGGCAAUUCAAGGAUAGAGAUUUUACAAAAAAUCUUUCAAUUAUUUUGAGAUUAUCAUUAAAAUUAGUAAAUGAUGAGAAUAUCAGAGUUAGAUGGGCAUCGCUGGCCACUUUAAAUAGAAUUUCUUUUCAAUAUACUACCCAUGAUUUGGUAGUCAAAUCGAGAAAAGAAAUAUUCCAAGUUAUUGACAAAUCAAUAAGAGACCCAAAUGAACGUAUCCAAAGUAGUUGUUGUCUGUUGAUCUAUGCAGAGAUGAGAGAAUUACCCAAUCACAAGAUUGAUGGUAAUCUUUUCAAUCGAGUUUGUGAUUGGCUUGAAAAACUACUUUUAUCUCCAAAAAUGCAUCUAGUUGAAAAUGCAUUAUUCGCAUUGGUUUCAAUAGCUGACAAAGAGAGAUUUAAACCUUACAAUGGAAAAAUCAUCGCAAAUCUAUUGUCAUUAUUGGAAAGACAUCAAUCAACAAGAGAGUCAAGAUUAUACGUUUUCGAGCAAUCUUGA